AUGGAUGAGGAUGCUCUGCUCGACUACGAGUACCCGGUGCUGGAGCCCGUACCGCCCAGGGUACAGCUUGAAAUAAUCUCCCCGUGUGACCCCACGGCUGACGACAGACUCUACCACAUUUGCAUCACUGCUGUGUCUCUUGUCGUCAUGCUGAUUCUGGCCAUUCUAGCGAGGCGGACCAAGCUGGCCGACGGACAGAGAGGACUGCCAGGGCUGCUCAGUCCGGUCAACUUCCUGGACCACACCCAGCACAAGGGCCUGGGCGUGGCGGUGUUCGGCGUGCUCUUCUGUAAACUCUGCGGUCUGGUGGUCUCCCCGAACCCCCUGCCCUUCAUCACAGACCCAGAGAACAAACAGAACUGGAUGAUCCUGGCCCUGCUGUACUACCCGGCGCUGUGCUACCCGCUCCUGGCAUGUGGGACCUUACAUAACAAAGUGGGCUAUGUGCUCGGGAGCCUGUUGUCAUGGACACACUUUAGCGUCCUGGUGUGGCAGAAAAUCGACUGCCCCGCGACACCCCAGAUCCACAAGUAUUACGACCUCUUCGCCAGCCUUCCACAAAUAGCCUGCUUGGCAUUCCUCAGCUUCCAGUAUCCGCUCCUCCUCUUCAAGGGCUUAAAGGGCACAGAGAAGAAUAAUGGUGGAGAGGAUCUGGACAGCAGCUACUACAGAGACUAUGUGAAGAGAAUCCUCCAGAAGAAGAAGCCGUCCAGUGUUGGAGCAUCAAGCACAGAGAAGCCCCACCUGCUCCGGAGGAUGGAAGAGGCGGUGAAGUCUUACAUUUAUACACCUGAGGAUGUUUUCCGUUUUCCUAUGAAGUUGGCCAUAUCUGGUGUGGUUUCCUUUAUUGCCCUUUACCAGGUUGCCCUGCUACUGGUUUUGGCAGUGGUGCCAGCGCUUCAAAUCGCCCGUAUGGGUGUCACCGAGGAGAUCGCAUACCUGCUGGCAGGCUUCAAGAUUCACCUGUCCUCGGACAACGCAGAGGUCGUCCGGAUCGUGGUGUACUACAUCUGGUGUGUGGAAGUGUGCUACGUCUCAGCGCUGACCCUGGUCUGCUUGGUCAACCUCGCAAUGCUCAUGAGGUCCAUGGUCCUGCAUCGGUCCAACCUGAAGGGCUUGUACCGAGGAGACAUCUACAGCGUCUACCACUGCCAGAGGAGCGUCAGGCCGUCCCGCCCGGCACUGGUCUGCUGGAUGGGCUACACCAGCUUCACGGCCGCCCACCUCUGCUUAGGCAUGAUCAUCCAAACCCUGGUGUUCUUCCUCUGCCUGUUGGUUGCAGUCUUCCUCAUCAUUGUCCCUGUCCUGCAUGGAGAGAACCUGAUCCUCUUCAAGCUUCUAUGGAGCAUGUGGCCUUUCUGGUUGAUGCUUCUCCUGGCGGUGCUGAUCCAACACAUCUCAGCCAGGUGUUUCUUCAUCAAGAAAACAGCGGGAACCAGAGACCUCGACAACAGGGGCGGUCUGUUCCUGAUGACCUACCUGCUGUUCCCGGUCAACGUGCUGCUGGGCGUCCUGCUGGGGGUGUGGCGCAUGGCCAUCACCGCCCUCUUCAACAUCGUGCACUUGGGCCGCACGGACAUCAGCCUCCUGAACCGCAGCGUGGAGGCCUUUGACCCAGCCUACCGCUGUUACGCUCAUUAUCUGAAGAUUGAGGUGAGCCAGUCCCACCCGGUGAUGAAGGCCUUCUGCGGCCUUCUGCUCCAGGGUGCCGGCCAGGACCCCGACCCCACCCAGAGAGAGCGGGAUGCCGAGGAAGGGAUCCAGCUGGUCCAGCAGGAGAAGAAACUGCAGAAGGUGUCUGCGGCCAAGAGGGCCAGGGCUCACUGGCGGCUGCUCUACACGCUGGUCAACAACCCCUCCCUGGUGGGCAGCAGGAAGCACUUCAAGCACCGCGCCGCCGAGGGCUUCCUGAACGGGAGCCUGAAGCCCACCGCCUCCACGAAGGGCAGCAAGAGGGAGGCGGCGACCAAGGAGCCGGCCGUGCCCGCAACCGGGAACUGA